CACCCGACCCCUGGUGGAAGCUUGGCUCGGGGAGACCCUGGAAGCAGAAAUGGCCCGGGUGCCUCACCUGGACCCCAGCUCUACAGGUGUGGCUCGUCCUUUCUUGCACCGGGAUCAGGACCGGGGCAGGGAGAAGAUGCCUUACUCAGUGGAAACGCCCUAUGGCUUCCUGCUGGACCUAGAUUUCCUCAAGUACGUGGAUGACAUUGAGAGAGGCCAAACCCUCCGGAAGCUGCCGCUGCAUCGCAAAGUUAAGGGGUCCAAGGGCCAGACGGGGGGCUGGGCCUCCACUGAGUCCCUUUCAUCCACGACCUGCGAGGACGGGACCCCCAACUUCUCCCCCGAAGCCAAGGAGCCCACGGGCAAAGGAGACUCGCUCCCCGCGUCUCCCUCGCCUGCUGUCCAGCUUCUCCCCCCGCCUUCCCCCGACUCUGUGUCCAGAGGCCGCAGGGUGGAGACGACCUUGCUGGAGACCAGCAGGCGGCUGGAGGAGGCGCAGCGCAGCCUGCUGACCGGUGGGGGGGCUGCGGGGCUCAAGAGGACGGCCAGCGCCUCCCAGGACGGGGGCGGGCGUCCCCCCGGCUCUGCUUCCCCUCUGGCGGGGGAAAGCCAGGCUGACCUCGCAAAGACGAGCCCGCCUCAUUCAGGAAGGAGCACCCCAGUCCCUUCCGUGAGCCCCGCACACCUCCAGCACAUCCGGGAGCAGAUGGCCACUGCCCUCAAGCAGCUGAAGGAGCUGGAGGAGCAGGUGAAGGUGAUCCCGCUCCUGGAAGAGGAGAUCUGCCAGCUGAAGCAGGAGAAGGAGCAGCUGGCGGCUGGCUUGGGGGCGAGGCUGGAGCCUGAAGCCAGCGAGCCCGGGGUCUUUCGCUUCCCCCCGAGGCCUCCCAAGGGUGGGGCUGCCUGUCCGGGUGCAGGGGGGUCCCAGGGCAACCAGGAGGCCCACAGCGAGAGCGACGGCGAGCCGACGAAAGGGAGGCCGAGCAAGAUUGCGGAGCUGAAGAAACUGACCGAGAGGCUGUCCGGUGUGGAGAGGGCUGGGAAGGGCAGAGGAGGGGCCCACCCCUCGAAAGCAGAGGAGCCCGGCUGGAGGUCCAUUGCCGUCGGGGAGGAGGUGGACAUGAGCGAAGCCGUCUUCUACUACCGGAGCCAGAGGCCAUGCCGAGAAGUGGCGGUGGGGCGCGAGACGGAGACCUGCGACGCCGAGGUGUGGGUCAUGGAGUCCUUCCUUGGGGUGUCGUCGGAGGCGGAGGAGGAGGUGCAGAUGCUGCAGCUCGCGGUCCAGCAUCAGCGCGAAGUGAUUGCCAUGCUGGAGGGGCACCUGAGAGAGGCCACGGAGGAACUAGAGGAGCUGAGGGUGGAGGUCUGUUCCCGCAGGCCAGGCGGCCUGGUCAGCCAGGCGACCCUCGCCUGUCCAGAGACGGUCGAAGCCUGCGUGGAGGCCAUCCCGCCCACCCGGAGCCAGGCUGUGGGCAGCCACAUCGAAAUGGUGGAGGCGAGCGCCCAAGGCUCCCUGCCAGUAGCGCACGUGGGAAUUGGCUGCAACUUGCAAGGGAACGAUUGUACAGAAGCAGACCCCGCAACAGACUCGCCACGGAAAGCUGCACAGACCCCGCCGGGGGCCGAACCCAAAGGCCAGACCCGGCACCCUGAACCCAUGGCUGUGGAGGGGUCCGGGUCCGGAUCCGAAGAGGAGGCCAAGCCCAGGAAGCCGACAGGCAGCGAGGACGGGAGGGCAGUCCAGCUGCCGUUGCAGACAGAGGGAGAACCGGGUCCGGGGCCGCCUUUGCUCCUGGCAGCGGGCGGGAAGGGAAGCCACGAGCCCAACGGGGUGGAGGGGGUCUCGGGGGCUGGUGCCCUGAAGUCCAUCAUGAAGCGGCUGGACCACCCGGCCAAGGCAGAGGUGGGGGGCAGUGGGAAGAAGACCCUCCAGUUUGUGGGCCUCCUGAAUGGCGAGUAUGAGAGCACCUCUAAGGAGGAGGAGGAGGAGGAGGGGUCCCCAGGGGAGGGAUCUCCCCACAGCUCCUUCAGCGAGACGGUCAGCAGCUCUGGUGACUUGGAGGGCGACGUUGCUGCCAGCCCCGAUGUCAGCGACAGCAGCGAGGAGGACGAGGAGACCCCGGUCCCAGAGGCAGCGCCAGACCACCCGAGGCUGGGCACGGAUCCCAAAGCCGCCGCCAGCCAGGAAGCAGCUCCUCCCAAGGUCAAGGAGAGGUUUGAGCUGAGUCCUCGGAUGAGAGAGGCCUGCCUGGUGCUGAGGACCCAUCUGGGCCACGACAGAGCGGCUGCAAAGAGCAAAGAGCUGCUCUCCAGCACCAGCCUGGUCCUGCAGGAGUGGUUCCGAGUGUCCAGCCAGAAGGCCUCCCGAGCCAGCAAGGUGGCGAAGCACCUGCAGGCUUUUGCUGAACUCUCCCCGGCGCUGCUGGCGCACGUCAUCAACCUCUCCGACGGCAACGGGAACAUGGCCCUCCACUACAGCGUUUCGCACUCCAACUUCGACAUCGUCCAGCUUCUGCUCGACACAGGAGUCUGUAAUGUCGACCACCAGAACAAAGCAGGCUACACGGCCCUCAUGUUGGCCGCGCUGGCAACGAUGGAGCAGAAAGACGACAUGUCCGUGGUCCGGCGCCUCUUCGACAUGGGCAGCGUCAAUGCCAAGGCCAGCCAAGCCGGCCAGACAGCACUGAUGCUUGCAGUCAGCCACGGGAGGCAAGAGAUGGUGGAAGCCCUGCUCGCUUGCGGGGCAGACGUCAACCUUCAGGACGAGGAGGGCUCUACUGCGCUCAUGUGCGCCUGCGAGCACGGGCGAGCAGAAACCGUGCGGCUGCUUCUGACCCAGCCAGCCUGCGACACAUCCAUCGUGGAUCACGAUGGCAAUGAUGCUGUGGCCAUUGCCUUAGAGGCUGGACAUCAUGACAUCGCGGCUCUGAUAUCUGCCCGCCUCACCCAGUCGGCAGUUAGGACAGGACCAUGACAGUAUUCAGCUGUGACCGAGGCAGCUCCAGCCCUAGAAUCGUCCUGUUGGCAGCUGCCUCCCCUCGGCAAGAGGACGUGCAACCAAAGAGCCCGCCGUUCCCAGGAGACAGUUCCUGUACCACUAUGCACCCUCAGCCCACGUGCUCCGGCUGCCGCUUGGAAUCCGUUUGGGGUGAGGCUCACCCUGGGCCAGCUUUGCUAUUUUCGGCCACCCAGUAAAUCUUACAUGUUCUGCCAGCGUCCUCAGUUCCACCAACAGGAAGUUAUCAGGGAAAGGCUAUGACCUGUUUUAUAGUAGAAAAGCCUCGCCGCACGUGAAAUUCAUUCUCUGCACAUGGGCAGAACUCAGACAGCCUGGGUGGGGGCGAAGACCUCUUCCUACCACGGCAGCAAGGGAAGCGUCCUGCCAGGCAAGCCCCCCACUGUAACCAAAAACGGUAACAGGGUGGAGUGCUCAAUGAGGACUAGAUACUACCUAUGCAAAUAUUUAUCUCACUAGAAUAAAGUCCCACAAGCCCUUGGCUUUCAUCUCACACAAUUCCAGCAGAUGGGGAGUAAAAUUUGGAGGGGAGAGAGUAGGACCGUGCUUGCUGCGCAUCUCAGACAACCCAUCGCAGGCCGCUUUCCGUAAAUUAGGCGGCCUCCCGUGGGUGCUCUGGGCCUUAUUUUUAAAGAUGACUCCAUCCUCACCCUUAGCACUCAAAGUGAAGAGCAGGAGACACAAGAGAAGUGCUCAUUGUGGCAAUUUCCAAACGAACCAGGCUGGAGUGUGGUGAAAGUCGAACUUGUGCCACGGGUAAUUUUUUAGAAGAGGUGGCACAGGGGCCGUUGCAAGCCAGCCUUCACGUGAUUCUGCCAUUUCAAAUGGAGACUUUGCGACAGGUCAGAUGUCAGAGGGUGCCUUGACAUUCUUUUACCGUUUUCUUAGGGCACCAUCUACCUGUGCCCCCCAGCUGUUCCAACAGAGAGAGACCCACAGAGGGAGACACACACUUGUAAAGAUUUGUUGGUACCCAAGUACAUGAAGCUGGUACAAAGAGCAGCCCAUACCUUCCCAAACUGGCACCUUCCAAAUGUGCUGACAGCCCAAGUCAAGUCAGCACUGCCGGGAUGUGCCAAAAAUCAGGAGCGAUCGAGUAGCACCCUUCCUGACUAACACAUUUCAUUAAAAGGUGGAAGUUUUUGUGAAUGUAUGCCUUUCAAUAAAAUCUGUCAGUGGGAAAAGGCACUACCAAAUGAUUUUUUGCUGCUGUAGACCAACCAGUCAACAGACCCUGCCCUUGUUGCCAGGAAAUGCCACAGCUUUCAAAAGGGGAAACUUUGAAAGUUGCCAGCGAAAUGCCUCGCCAAGCCAAGGGACACGUAAUUGUGUCAAGCUUAGAAAUCUAGAUGCAGCUGGGGCUCAAGUGGUCCUGCCCUUUUUUGGCAGUAGCUCCACAGCCGAACAGGGGGCUAACCCUCUGCACUGAGCCACUUAAGCCACCCUUGAGAGGUAGAGAUGAAGACCCGCAACCCUGGAGGAGGCUCUUCUACUGAACACAUUUUACCCCCAGCAAGUUUUUCCUCAUGGUUGAAUGAAGCUCAGGUAACUGCAAUUUACCCAUUAUUUCUGGUCCUACUCCCUGUGGUCGUGGAAGAGUUCCUGAGCGCCUUUCCCGUGGCUUCCUCUUAUGGGCCCCGACUAUCGUGUCUUCUCUGAGUCCUUUUCUCCAGACUGAAGAUGCCGAGUUCUUUCAGUCCGCCCUCAAGUCCCCCAUCCGCUAUUACCCUCCUGGGAAUCUUUCUGGGAAUGGGGGGGGCAGAACAGCACCGAUGCCGUCUCGGCAGCACAGCGCACGGACAAGGCCUCCCUGCUGGUAACGGCAGGUGGGAGUGACCCCGGGAGUCAGGAGGAAGAGCUGCAGCCUGGACAACCAA